UCGGCAGGCAUAUGGCACUGUUUUACAACGGGAACAGUUUACCAUUUGAUCCAUACCAACCACGUGGUUAGGCCAGCAGACGUGAAUCAGAGAGUAAGCAGACGAUUUCCUGUGGUUUCCCGCGCUAACGGGAAUCUCAUUUUGUUGGCAGCUAGUGAACAGCGAAGAUGAUGGCGUUGUGGCCAGUGGUUAUUUUGGCGGGAUUCUUCCCAUUUCUCGAAUCCAAGACCUUGACACAACUCGAGACAAACAAUUUAAAUCGCUUUCUGGGUGAAGUUGCUCGAUGUGCUCGUGUACCGGCUAUAUCGAUGUCCUUGGUGAGAGAUGGACAAAUUGUAUACACGAAUGGCUUUGGCACCUCCAACAAACAGAGGCAGGAAUCGGCCUCCUCCAAGACAGUGUUCUGUCUAGGAGACAUCACCCAGACUUUUACUGCAACUCUUUUGGCAAAGCUGCUGGAUGAACAUCAAAACUUCACAUGGGACACACCAGUGCAGGAGAUCCUCGGUGCGGCCAUCAACUUUGGCGACCGCUACCGCAACGACUACCUCAGCCUGAGAGACAUCGUCUCCAUGAGGACCGGCCUCAGCAACAUGGACGCCGUGGUCCUCACCAACGCCAUGGAACGAAGCCGUCUCAUCUCCAAUCUGAGGUUCGCCCCCAAGGUGGCCACGUUCCGGGAAAAGUACGUCUACAACAACCUGCUGUUCGCUGUGGCCGAAGAGGUGACCCGCAGCCUGGGACAGGACACGUGGUACAAGCUGGUGCAGGAUCACCUACUUGCCCCGCUCAGCAUGACGGACACGUUCUUCAUCACCAGUGAUGCCAAGAAGCAGGAGAACCUGGCACAGCCAGUCAUGAGCUACAACGGAGUCCCUAUGCCUAUCCCAAUGGGAGCUAUGAAAGGUCAAGAAAUCAUAGCCGCAGGAUCCUCCAUCUGUUCGACCGCAGACGACAUGGGCAAAUGGCUUCGGUUCAACCUGAACAAGGGUGGGACCCAAGAUGGCGGCCAGCUUCUUCCCAGAGAAGCCCUGGCCGAGUUGUUCCAGGGGCAGACUACACGAUCUGAUGAAGGGAACGCCAGGGUGGAGGGCUUCAGCCAGCCAGACGUUCAAGUGUCCUACACAAGGGAGGCCAACACCCUGGGCUGGAUCAAAGGACACUAUCGGGGCUACUCUGUACUCUCCCAAGACGGGUCCCUCCCCGGGUACGAAAGUCUUACUAGCUUCAUCCCCGACCGUGACGUGGGCAUCUUCACAGCCUUCACGGGAGACAACGGCCCCAAAGCCUUUGCCGCUAAGACACUGAUGAACACCUAUGGUUUGGACAUGCUGAUACACGGCCAGCCAGCCUUCCACCUCAAAGACUUCUGCCAGACCCUUGAUGCCAUGUUCACCAUUGUCGUAAAGAACGACCCGUACGUGAACCGAGACAUCAAACAAGCCUCCGAAUCGAAACGUCCUCUGGAAGACUACCAAGCAUUCUAUCGGAACCUGGCCUUCGGGGAUAUCCGGGUCUGGGUGAACGAAUCAUCCCUGUAUCUGAAGUACGGUGAGAUGGGAGAGUUCAACCUCCGUCCAACGGAACAAGAGAAUGUUUUUAGGAUGGAGGCAAUGCCCGGAGAGCUUUGGUAUACCACCCACGUUGAUAUUCUUCGAAGGAAGCCUUACUAUGCUUACUUUGACACAACUCCUUACAGCGAUGACCAUAUCGAGGUGGUAAAGAUCCCUCACUUUGACAGGGACACUGAUCCGGUGUUUAGUCGGCGGAUACGAAUCCCACCUCCAUACGACGAGGUGCAAGAAGUUUGUGGGUCGGGCAGCAAGGUCGCUGUAUCUUGGACCAUUGUUGUUUUAAUGAUGGCGAUGGUGCUGCGGUGAUGAAAUUCGACCGAGUUGCACUCAGCAAAUCUUAAACUCUAACAGAUUCCAUAUCGGUAAAAUGAAGUUAACUGUAUGUAACAUUUUAUUUGGAUUUGUUUUAUUUCUAAUUAUUUUUCCUAAAUAUCAUCAAAAGACUGACUUUAUCAUUUGGAAACUACUAUAUAAAAUCGUUGUCUUUGAUAAUAAGACACCAGAAGUUUAUAUUUUCAGGAAAACAUCCCAGUCAUUGAGGAUGGCAUCCAGCUGAUUUUUAAAAAAAAGAUUUGCUUUUGCAGUUUAUUUUGUAUAUUUUGCAUGUUAUUGUAAACUGUUUUUGAGUUGUGUGUCCCUUAAGAAUAUGCUUCCAGUGUUUUCAAAACUAAUUCACAUCAUAUAAAUUAUUACAUUACGACUAUAGGUGUCACGUGACAUUGCUCCCGAGUUAUGAUUGGAUAUGUCCAUGACCUAAUUGGUGAUGCAGUCACGUGGCACACUGUCUAUUCCAAAUAUGGCAAGUGUAUAUAUCAAAGUCUUAAAGACCUAUUUGAACAUCAUCUGGAAGGAUAUAGAUUAUUUAUUUCAGCGUAUUUAAAAUUACAUUUAGCGAGUUGUGUAAUUAGUUCGACAUUAGACCAAAUGUUACAUAUCAAAUUCGGACUUAAUGCUAUAUAGUCUUUCAAUGUACAUACAGUUUUCAAAUAUUUGAGUGUAAAAAAACCUUUUAAUCGAUUUUCGCAUCUUCCGUAAACGAAGGUGAGACCUGUUUGAUUGCAAUAGGGUAAAAUUGUAUACAUCUAUAUCAUAGUAAACAGUAGGGAAAUGUUUCGUUCGGCGAUGUAGAUAGUAUUUGCAACUGACCUGUCGUAAUGUAUAGUUAAAAUUGUUUGAAAUAAAUACAUGUUUGUU